AUGACCACUACAGUUCCAAAGGUUUUUGCGUUUCACGAAUUUACGGGAGUAGCUGAAGCUGUUGCAGAUUAUGUUGUGAAUGCACAGAACCUGGCUCUGUCAAAGGAGCCUUUUGCGCUUAGAAAUGGCGCCGCUGGUAGCUCUGACGGCUCCAGCAGUAACCCGAACGGCUCUUUGGCGGUUCCGCAAACAUCAGCCCACAUCUCUCGACAAGCCAGCGGGAGGAGCAUGUCCGGUAGAGAGUCAAGCCAGGCUCCCAGCGGCGGGGCUUCUAAUCCCAAUAUCAGGGCGCCCAGCAGCAGUAAACUAAAGAAAAUGAAGGAAAAGAGGUUCAAAAUUGCGCUUUCCGGGGGCUCAUUGAUCCAGGUUCUUCAUGAGGGGCUACUCAAGCGAACUGACGUCCAUUGGGGGAAAUGGGACAUUUACUUUGCAGACGAGAGAUUGGUACCUUUCGACUCUCCUGAGUCUAAUUAUGGGCUCGCGAAACGCAAAAUCAUCGACUUAAUCGACAGCGACGCUUUUGGGUCCCCGCGUGUGUUCCAUAUAAAUGAAUCGCUGAUUGACGAUCCUCAGGAGUGUGCCGACGACUACGAAAAGGUACUUAUCAAGGGCUUUGCUGGCAGAGACUCUGUGAAACUACCGAUGUUCGACCUUUUUUUGCUUGGUUGUGCGCCCGAUGGCCAUAUUGCAUCCUUGUUCCCCAACUUCCAAGAAAACCUACGAGAGAACCUCGCCUGGGUGAUACCUGUCACUGAGGCGCCUAGUGGACCGUCCAAUAGAAUAUCGCUAACCAUCCCAGUUAUUUGUCACUCUCAUCAAGUCACAUUUGUUGUGGAAGGAUCAACCAAGGCGCCUGUAGUAAAAACAAUUAUGGAGCGUCCCGAGAAGGGUCUUCCAAGCAGCAUCGUCAAUGAAGGUGCAGCUGGUCGUGUUGUCUGGUUUGUGGACGAUGAUGCAUUGACUGAUGUUUUCGUAACAAAAAAGAAAUACAAAUUUUUGGUGGCCUCUGAGAAUCCUGAGCGAUCGUCUCCAGCAAACACAGGAUAA